AUGUCCUCCAUCGCUAGAAAGAGAGUUAUGGAAGAGAGAAAGAACUGGAGAAAGGACCACCCUUAUGGUUUCUGGGCCAGACCUCAACAACAAGAAGACGGAACAACUAAUGUAAUGGUAUGGAAUUGUGGUAUCCCAGGUAAACCAGGUACAAUAUGGGAAGGAGGUGAAUAUAGAUUAGAUAUUGAAUUCCCUGAUGAAUAUCCAGACAAGCCUCCAAAGUGUAAAUUUGUACCACCACUUUUCCAUCCAAACAUUUUCCCAAGUGGUACUGUUUGUUUGAGUAUUUUGAAUGAAGAUAAGGAUUGGAAGCCUUCUCUCACUGUCAAACAAUUACUUUUAGGUAUUCAAGAAUUGUUGGAUAAUCCUAACGAAAAGGAUCCUGCUCAAGCUGAACCUUUCCAUCUCUAUGUCACUAAUCGUGAAGAAUAUAACAGAAGAGUAAAACUUCUUGCUGCUAAGUCAAAACCAACCCAAUAA